CGAGUGUCUUUGCUUUCAGGAUUAUGCGAUGUGGAAACCGGUCAAUCCAAUAUCAUCUUGGACAUCGAGGAGAGCAGGGGUUCAUCUAUUAGUCAAGAAACGAAUCCACCUGAGCUGCCCAUAAUCGGUGAGCCGUUUGUGGAUAUAUUCCUGGAACUACUGUUCCAGAAAGGACCUCAAAUCUUCUUCCUAAAUGGCAAAAAACUGCAGCUGUUGUCGCCGCUGGAUAGAGAUGAGGAUGGCCUUUCGCACAUUGUCUUCCAAUUGGUUUGUACCAUAAAAGCCACGCACAAAAGAAGGACUGUUCCUGUGAUAGUAAGACUGACCGACAUCAACGAUAACGUCCCGGAGUUUGUCAAUACUCCAUACGAAACAUCUAUAUCAGAAUUGACGCCAAUUGGUACAACGAUUUUCCAAAAUAUACACGCAACGGAUAAAGAUAAUGGUGUGAAUGGUUUGAUUGAAUACUCGAUAAUACCAGGAGAGGAUGAAAAUUCUGAUGUGGCAGAUGGAUAUGGCUUUUUUGCCAUUAAUUUACCACAUCAAGGGCAAGUAACAGUUAACAGGACUUUGGAUUACGAGAAGACCCAGAAGUACCAUGUCACAGUUUUGGCUACAGAUAAGGCUUGGAACGUGUCUCAGAGGUUGUCAGCUACGACCACGCUGACGGUUAACAUUAAAGAUGACGAUGAUCAGAAUCCAUCGUUCAUUUACAAAGGUUGCAUGCUUUUGGAUGGAGCUUGCAUCAAUCCGGAAUAUUCUGCUUCUGUAUCAAGUAGAGGUAAUCAAGGUGUUUUAAAUAUAAGUCCGGAGAAAAUCCAAGCUGUUGAUAUGGAUACUAUAAACGCACCUAUAAGGUACACCUUCGUUAGUGGCACUCCUGACACCUACUCAGAGUACUUCCGCAUUGAUCCGGAAACUGGGGCCGUGCAUCAAAUUAAAUCCGUGGACACAUCAACUGCUAAACGCUUUGAUAUUAUAUUGAAAGCUCAAGAGAUUUCCGAAGCUAAACGCUCAACCACUGCUAAACUUGGUAUCACUGUUAAACCAGUUGAUGCUCAUCCUCCUGAAAUAAUGCUCACUUCAACUGAAGGUUUUGUGGAUGAGAAUUCACCUAUAGGAACCAAUGUUGUGGAUAAAGAUGGAAAUCCUCUAAUCAUCAGCGUUGUCGAUAAAGAUUUCGGACCUGAUGAUGAGAAGCCAGAAUACAGUUAUGAAUUAACGACGCCGUAUUUUACCAUUGAUAAAAGUAACCGUUUGGUGGUCAAUGAGAACAACAUCGACAGGGAUCCUCCGAAUCCGGGCAGAUUCAGAUUUCAGGUUGUUGCGAGAGAGAAAACCGGUGUCGCAGCAAGUGCUCCGAAAUCUUUAUCCGUUAAUCUGAACGAUGUUAACGACAAUCCUCCGGUUCUCCCCAUAAUAGCCCCGGUCUCCAUUCCCGCCGGUGAUGUUAAACGGAAGGUUAUGACCAUACAGGCCACCGACAACGACGAAGGAGAAAACGCAGAAAUCGUGUAUUCCAUUUACCACGUCUCGAACAACGGCAAUAAUAAAUUCAUUAUAAACCCAAAAACUGGGUUGUUGGAGACUGUUGGCAAAUUGAAUGCCGGUGAUCAAUAUAGUUUAACAGUUCAAGCUACGGAUAAAGGAGGCUUGUACACUCAAGCUAUAGUUGAAGUGACCAUAAGUCCGGGUCCGAACACGCAAAGUCCUAUCUUCGAGCAGACAGUCUACGACAUCGAAGUGAGCGAAGGCGCUACCAUCAACUCAACGGUGGCUUCGAUAGUGGCUGUGGAUCCGGAAAAUGAUCCGGUCACCUAUUCAAUAAUGUCUGGAAACGAUUUACGGCAGUUCGCGAUCGGCGCUAAGACUGGUAUAAUUACCGUUAUUAGGAAACUGGAUCGCGAGGACUUGACGCGCUAUCGCUUGAUUAUAAAAGCGGAGGAUGCUGGCAAGUUGGCGAGCACGGCGACUGUAAAUAUCAAGGUGACAGACAUUAACGACAAGAAUCCUGAGUUCGUGGGCGAUCCGUACAGUUUCACGGUGAAAGAAGGCGUCAACAACACUUCCGUGGGCUUCGUCCGAGCCACGGAUGCCGAUGAGGGCGUCAACGCCAUAGUUUCCUAUGCUAUACCAAACAAUCUUCCCUUCAACAUCGAUUCCGACACCGGGGAAAUACUGACAAGCCGCGCCUUAGAUUACGAAACGCAGAAGAAUUACCAAUUUGUGGUCACUGCCAAGGAUGGGGCUCUGGAUCCUAGGAUUGCUACAGCUACAGUAUCCGUGGCCGUUAUCGAUAUCGAGGAUGAAGUACCUAUUUUCCAUAGACUCGAAUAUGUGGCUUCAGUUCCUGAAAACGUACCCGAUUAUUUUGUUACCGACGUUAUGGCCUUCGAUCCGGAUACUAUAAAAAAGAUCAAUUAUGUGAUAGUUCGAGGUCCAACAGAUUUAUUUAGGAUUGAUGAAAGUAGUGGAGCCAUUUAUACUAUCAGAGGUUUAGAUUACGAAAGGGAAACACAACAUGUUUUAGUUAUUGGUACAUUGGAAAAUAUGUCCAACGAGAAUGGAAGCACAACAAAAGUUAUCAUCAACGUUGAGGAUCGUAACGAUAUUCCUCCAGUUUUCACUCUUGUUCCACAUCCAAUAACACUUGAUGAUGACGUUGCUAUUGGUACUUCAGUAACUACUCUCAUGGCGACAGAUUCCGAUGGUACAGCUCCAGGAAAUAAGGUUCGUUACGAGAUAAUCGGACGUGGAAAGUCUUCGAAGUAUUUCCAAAUAGAUCCAGAUUUAGGAGUGGUAAAAGUUACAAAUGACCUGAAGAAAGAAAUUGAUACUGAAUAUCAGGUGGAUGUACGAGCUUACGAUUUGGGUGAACCUCAACUAUCUUCAGUAAUAACUUUAGAUAUUUACAUUCAACACGUGGCCACUGUAGCUCCAGAAGUUGGACUUCGAUUUGCAGACACGUCUUACAGCGUUCAAGUUUUUGAAAACGCAACUGUUGAUAAGUUGAUCAAAACUUUGACUAUAGUUAAUAGCAUACGACACGGUAUGAAUAUACCUCUGAAAUGCCAAAUAAUAUCAGGAAAUGAAGAAGGUAAAUUUAGAAUUAACGUCACAGAAGAAAGAAACUGCGCUUUGUAUCUAAACCAGACUGUGGAUUAUGAGACUGAAGAGACUUACAACAUCGAGGUGCAAAUAAUGUCGCUUCAGGGCUUCAUUAACAAAGAAUUCAGUAUAACCGAAGUCACAAUUCACGUGGCCGACGUUAAUGACAACGAGCCGUAUUUCAUUUACCAGCCGACGGCUAAAUCCAAGUACUACGCAGCAAUCACGAAGAGUGCGCCUCUGGCCACAACAGUUCUUCAGAUCAAAGCCGAGGAUAAAGAUAGCGGAAAACUGGGUAAAAUCAAGUUCUCCAUUAGUGGAAACGGUAGCAGCGAAUAUUUCAGCAUGGAUUCGUCUUCUGGGAUUGUUAAAACGAAGCGGACAUUCGAGAGACGGGAUAAUGGAGAACCGUUCAGAUUGAUCGUGAAAGCUAGGGAUAAUCCAAAUUCCACUAAGGAUUUCCACGAAGUUGAAGCUCCUCUUAUUAUAAAUUUGAUCACCGAAGAGAAUCGGAUGGUACUGGUGAUUGGUGAUGCUAAACCUGAUGUUGUUGCUUCGAAGACGGAGCUUCUGGCAACCACUAUUCAAGAGCAAACCGGUUUGAUUUUUGGAGUGGAGAAGCUAGUGCCUAGAGAGUAUAUUAGCGUUAACGAGACUUUGGAGGUGGAUCAGGACGGGACGGAUAUCUGGUUUUACGUGAUCGAUCCUGAAACUGAUACCAUAUUACCGAGGAACCACUCGAUAGUUCAGAGGUCGAUCUUCGAGAAGUCCUCCAUGGAUAACAUCACCUUCGACGUGUCCGGUCAAAUUAAACACACAGUAUUCAACAUCCACGAACCUCUGAUCGUGCACAAGAUUAAAACCUCCUCCAUAGCAUCAUUCAACGGGGAGGUAUUCCCGUACGCCCUGAUCAUAAUUGCCAUAAUCAUUUUUGUCUUGGGUAUCGUCGGCAUCAUUUACAUCUGCGUUUCCUGGUCUCGCUAUAAAUCUUUUAAAGACCAAAUGCAGAGGUCGUACGUGGUACCAGCAAGUCCGGCCAGGUACGAUUCAGUGUACGUCGAGCCCAACCUGAAGGAGUACGAAACGCAAGUGCUCCAGAUGUGCGUACCCGUCGACGAUCCAGACGAUUUCAACGAUCUCCAUUUAGACUUUAGCAAUAAGAACCACGCUUUCAGCUUGGAUAAUGUUAGUUAUAUAAGCAAAGAAAAUAAUUUGAAAAAAUACGGGAAACAAAGUCCUGUAAGUAGCGACGAUGCAACGACAGCCCGUGCCUCCAGCGUUGGAGAGCACAUGCUCAAUAAUCCUAAUACUCAUUCCUUAAGGAGGGAUCAUCACAUAUAUCAAAGGUCAUCCGAUGAUGAUGACGACAUGAACGCAAGUCCAUCGAAUGACAACGUAAUGUUCAGAGAAAAGAAAGACUACUCGCAUUUAGGUUUCGCCUAUGGCGAUCAUUCGCCAGUCGAGACCACCACCGAAUUGUAGAUAAGCCCUAUUGACUCUUUUAUUUUAUUAUUAUUUUUUGUUUAUGUUUAAUUUGU